AUGACUAGAAAGCAUACUUCAAUUCAAGGCCUUGAUAUGCCUUGGGCCUCGCAAAUGUCUGCUCAACUGCCUAACCCUUACGAGCCAGUACCUGCAGCUCAGCCUGUCCGAGCUCAGGCACCGACCGCAGAUGAGCCCGUCCGACCCGAAGACUACGCAAAGCCAUAUUGCGAGUUCAUGACCUCCAACCCUACCAUAUUCCAUGCCGUCAAAUCUUUCUCGAAGCAGCUCGAAGACCAUGGCUACAAGUACCUUUCCGAGCGAGCGGUGUGGACAUCGGAGCUCAAGCGCGGUGGGAAGUUCUAUACCUCCCGUAACGGGAGCUCUCUCAUCUCGUUCAAUGUGGGCUCUCAAUACGAAAGUGGAAACGGUGUGGCUAUCGUUGCUGGCCACGUUGAUGCAUUGACCGCCAGGCUGAAGCCUAUUUCCAAGGUUCCCAACAAGGCCGGCUUCGAGCAGCUCGGUGUGGCCCCAUACGCUGGUGGUCUCGGUCCCACCUGGUGGGAUCGUGAUCUUGGUAUCGGCGGUCGCGUCCUUGUCCGUGACCCCCAGACCGGAAAGGUCGAGACGAAACUCGUCAAGCUCGACUGGCCCAUCGCCCGUGUGCCUACUCUGGCACCCCACUUCGGCGCUCCUGCCAAUGGUCCAUUUAACGCCGAGACUCAAAUGGUCCCGGUCAUUGGAAUUGAUAACUCCGAUCUGUUUGGAACUGCUAAGACUGAUUCGAAUAACAUUCAGUAUGGCAAGUUUGCUUCAACCCAGCCCGAGAAGCUGGUGAAGAUCAUCUCCAAGGAGCUUGGCAUCACAGACUAUAGCACCAUUGUGAACUGGGAACUUGAGCUGUUCGAUACUCAGCCCGCUCAGCUCGGUGGUUUGGAAAAGGAUAUGAUUUUUGCCGGUCGCAUUGACGACAAGCUCUGCUGCUAUGCCGCCCAGGAGGCUCUCAUCGCUUCUUCGGACAACACAUCGCCCGGAACAGUGAAGAUGGUCGGCAUGUUUGAUGAUGAAGAAAUCGGCAGUCUGCUUCGCCAGGGUGCCCGGUCAAACUUCAUGAGCAGCGUCAUUGAGCGUAUCACCGAGGCAUUUGCUAAAGAUAACUACGGUCCUAACCUUUUGUCUCAGACGGUUGCCAACAGCUUCUUGGUAUCGUCUGAUGUCAUCCACGCCGUCAACCCUAACUUCCUCAACGUCUACCUGGAGAACCACUCGCCUCGCCUCAACGUCGGCGUAGCAGUGUCUGCUGAUUCUAAUGGACACAUGACUACUGACAGUGUCAGCGCUGCUAUUAUGAGCCGCGUUGCGGAACGCGCCGGUUCAACACUCCAAGUCUUCCAGAUUCGCAAUGAUUCUCGUAGCGGUGGCACCAUUGGACCCAUGACCAGUGCUCGCAUUGGUAUGAGGGCCAUUGACUGCGGUAUCCCGCAGCUCAGUAUGCACAGCAUUCGUGCUACCACCGGUAGCCUUGACCCUGGUCUGGGUGUCAAGCUGUUCAAGGGAUUCUUUGAUCACUUUGAGGCGGUGGACAAGGAGUUUGCUGACUUCUAA